AAGAGGUGAAGGGGAUGGCUGACCGGAUCAUUGACAUGCGCAACCAGCUGGUGGCCAACCUCAAGAAAGAAGGCUCCUCCCACAACUGGCAACACAUCACCGACCAGAUCGGCAUGUUCUGUUACACGGGGCUGAAACCUGAGCAGGUGGAGCAACUAACCAAAGAGUUCUCCAUAUACAUGACAAAAGAUGGCCGGAUCUCCGUGGCAGGGGUCACAUCUGGUAACGUGGGUUACCUAGCUCGUGCAAUUCACCAAGUCAGCAAGUAAACACGGUGGAGCAGACGGCCUUCCCUUCAACGGUCUUUGGACUUUCUGAAUCAAGAGGAAGGGGAAGUACAUUUGGGGGGUUGGGGCAAGCAGAAUAUUUACUUUCAACCACAGCACUUGACUCUGUCAUUUAAUGUAUUUCGUGUACAAGGCCGCAACUAGCGGCAUCAAGACAUCAUAGCCAAAGCCACCUGCCCUCUCCGACAGGGAUGUCACUGCUUCCUGCUCCUCUCUUCAGAAGCAGCUUCUCGCGUUAUGCACCCUCUCCCCGACACAGGCACCCGUCAGGCUUUAAACGUCUUGGCAGAACUACUGCAUGUAGAAUGAUAGAACGCUGACCAAGAGCACUGGGCGCUGAGUGGCGUCUCUGUGCCCAUCUCUUACUUGGGAGGGGAGAAGGCUUCAUAACAAGUUCAGUUACUGGUUUUAAAUGAGCUGGAACAGGAUCAAGACCCCGUCCUCCCACUCUGAAAGGAGAUCAAGUAACGCAUCACUGCAUUCAUGUCAACAGGGAAACCUGUCCUUAUACACUGGUGGGGGUAGAGCAACAGCUGGAGUUGUGGGAGCCAGUACAGCUCUACUGUCUAGUUGUACAGCAUGUCCGUUGCUUUACUCACGUCAUUCGAGGAGGGCCACUGAAGCUGAAAACGCUGUACGUAGAUGAAGGUUUUGGGAGUCUGCUCCUCAUGGGCGGCGGGUGGAGCCCCAGUUCAGGGAGGCUAGUCCCUGGCUCUGCCCCUUCCGCUCCCCCCUCCGUGGCCAGAGCUCUGAGCCCCCCACCCGACCUGCUUGGAGGAGCCCCAGGCUGAUGGGUGUAGUGCAGUUUGUGCCCCUACACCUGAGCCAUCGCAGCUGCGCCUCCCCUCCGCAGAGUCCAAGCCGCCCUGCAGGAAAAUUCAAAAGCUCUUCUCUUCUUCUCUCUUCUGGAAGGAGAACCUGAGCUUUUGAUAUGCGCCAUGCAGGCUGUGGGGCCACUGAGGAGGCAGUAUGUAUUAUUCAGCUUCCCAGGUUCAUCAGGAUUCUCCUUGGAGUUCAGGGAGAUUACUAAGGAACCCAGGAAGCUGAGUAGCACAUACCAUCUCCUCAGCCGCCCCGGAACCUGCGUGGCGCAUAAUAAUAAGCACAAAUUUCCACCACGAAACCCGCAACCAGGGUCUGACGGCAGCAGCUGCACUAGGGGAGGUUGAGCCUCCCCUGGCCUAUUAUACCCACCGCCCAUGCUACUCCUCCAGAUUGGUAGGUGUAGGGGGAGCGAACGUGGCCUACAGGUCUUGCUUGAAAAACAGCUUUUGAUCAAAUGACCUAGAAAACCAGCUUGAGAUCCUAAAUAACUAACCCUCUGCUGUGUGGACUUGCAUCACCAAUGUAUUUUAAGGUUGCUUCUUCCUUACCUGUCAGAAUGCUACAGAUGAUGGCCUCUACCACCUUUACAGCAGUAGAAGCAUGCAAGGAGAGAGCACUUUUCAGAGAGCACAUGCAUGAGGGAUACUUAUUACACAGUUGCAAUCUAAGCCUCUGAAUGCCACUUUUGGGGUUGAUUUUGUCUUUAACAAUUGUAGAAAGGACACAGAGGGUCUGAAUUUGCUUCUGAACAAGUAAAACUGAAAAGCUUUAGGGAACUCCUGAUAUCAAAGCCUGUACAAUUCUUUCUAAUCAGGAAUCUCAUCUCUGUUCAGAAAAACUAGUGGUGCUCUUAGGGUG